CAUCAAUCGGUAUAGCGUAAUCUCCAGUAAUGAUCUGUCAGUCAUCGUCAAUCAUCAGUAUGGCCAGUCAUUGUCUCGCGUCAUUAUCGUUGUAGCCAUCGCGUGAUCCAAAUGACCGGCGGUGAGCGACAACUGUGAUUCUGGUACUGGGGUACUCUUUUUCUUAGUUUGGAGCUAGAGAGUCGGUUCGGUGUGUGAUUCGAUUCUUGACGGAGAGGACGAGUCGCGAGUCGCCGCGACAUCAACAGCAGGCAGUCGCCAAACGUCGUCGGCCAAGUGCGCUUCGAUUUAAGGUGAUCCCUCUGGGAGUGUUUUUACUGCGAGGAGAAGAUACGCAUUCUUAUCGAGCGUAUCGCGCGAAUAAACAAAGAAGAGUGAUACCGCGCCUCGAAAGAGCAAAUAGAAAGAAAAAUCAAAAUAUUGCACUCUCUGUCGUUCGUUCAGUAUCGAGGAGGAAAUAUGUCGACGGAGGAAAAAUUCAACGCUGCCGUAAACGUCAUCAGGAAUCUGCCGAAAAAUGGAGCGUAUCAACCUAGCAACGAGAUUAUGCUGCGUUUUUAUUCAUACUACAAACAAGCGACCGAGGGGCCCUGCCAACAAGGUAAACCCGCAUUCUGGGAGGUAGUCAAAAAGGCAAAAUGGGAUGCGUGGUCGCGCCUUGGCAAUAUGAGUCGUAUGGAAGCCAUGAACAAUUAUGUGGAGGAACUGACGAAAAUUGUCGAAUUACAGAUUGUCGAAACUAUGUCUUAUACGGAUAAUGUGGCAACGUUUCUCGGUAGUUUGGAUUCAUUUUACGAAAGUGUACCGGCCGAAGAUUUGGAAUUACUCGUGGGACCAGUAUUGGAGCGUAUACGCUCUCAACCAGGAUCACCAUUGUCUGGUUCGCCAUUAGUGUCGAGAGAAACAUCACCUCAUAGAGUUUGCAGUACUUCUCGACAUAUAACGAGUAGUUUGGAAACCAGUCCGACCAGCAGUCGUACUGCAAGCCCACUGCCACAAGAUACUGAUGGUGAAGAAGAAGAAUUUAUAGAUACUGUUGAGUCAGCACCAGAGAAAAUGCAAAAAGAUGCAUCUAAGCUCACUGCUCCUUCUCAAAAGGUACAAACCACGGCAAAUAACGGAGUUGAUCAUUCAAAUACAGAGAGUGUUAUAAAAGAGAACACUGAAUUGGCAAAUGGAUACAGCAACGUUAAUGGUCACGCGGAGAAGAUACAGGAGAGCCAGCGAGAGAGAAGUAGACAGAGAACGAAAAAAGACGAUAAUAAAGUCAACGCCGAAUUUCUAAAUCAGAUUGCAAUAACCAUGCAGCAUUUACAGAGAGAUCUGGACCGAAUAACGGCUAGAGUCCGAAGCUUGGAAGGACAAGCUCUGCAAGCGAUGGCGCCACAGACGGAAAACACCAUUAGACGCACGUAUGCGAGAUGGUGGCCGUUGCAAGAAUGUUCGCCGCGUUUGUUCGCCUUACUAAUUUUAUGGCCAUUUGUCGCUCAUCUGCUAAUCAAUUUUACGCAGCGCUAUCGCCAACGAAGACUGUGAUGCUACGGCCAUUGCUCCUACACGGCUGAAAACCUAUUUCCAUUUUUCGGAUUACUAAUGUUGAGUUAUAAACAUACAUACUUUUUAAUUUUAUAUUUCUUAUAAAGGUAAAGAGUGAUGUCCUAAUGCAAUCUACGAUUACAUUAGUAAACGUGAAUUGUGAUAAAACUUACUAGAUCAAUCUCUGUAUAUUUUUGCAUAUGUACGGUCUGUUUCGGAAGUUGCAGAUUUUCUCUUACAUAUAUAGAUUUUCCAGUGAAUAAUAAAUCGAUCAAUUCUCAGCAAAAGUUUUACUCAAAAGCCAUUUUCAUUUGCAAUUAUGUUAAUAAGAAAGUGACGUUCUAUUAAAAUAAAAUCCAAUGGCUCAAUUUGCUGAUAUCACACAUUUUUAUAAAGUAACAAAUAAUAAUGUAAAAUACAUAUAAAAAUUUGUUCUUGUUUUGUAUGUACCUUGUUUAUUUGAAUUUGUAUUGAUUCAUAAUAUACCUAUGAUAAUUUCUUAUAAUUCUUUAUAAUUAUUGUUGUUUAAAAAAUAUGCAGGCAAAAUAGAGGUAACUUUUAUUCUUAAUUUUUUUGUUAAUCUACUUUUUAACGUUUAUACUUUAGAAAGGAGUAGGCAACUUCCGCUACACCUUAAAAUAAAAAAAAAUAUAAAGCUAUAGUUCAAUGGUUUCUAAGGUGGAUUGUAUGUAUUAUAAAUAGUUGUAUAUUCAUAAAUUGUAAUAUAUGCAAGGAAAGCAAAUCCUUUUGUAUAUGUGUAAGAGCAUAUAUAGUUAUAUAAUAGUAAUAUAUAUUAAUAUAUGCAUUUUACUGCAAGAUGUUUAAGAAUAUGGGGUUUUUAAAGUAUAUAUCGGCGUUAUGGCCACAACAUCAUUAUUAAUAAAUAAUACUUGUACGAUCAAAGGAACAUUUAUACGUAUCAAACGAUUGUGGUGGAUAUUAUGUACAUAUGUGCAAAAUGUGAACAAAUAUACAAGUUUUUAAUUAUUAUUGUUCAAA